CCGCUCAUUGGAGAAGAGUGCAUUGAAUUUGCGCGCUGCCGCAAGCCUCUCUGCGAUAGGUGCGUGACGAAGCUGCGCGCGCUCUGCGGAAAUAUAAGCGAGGCUUUGAGCUGAUCGGACCACAUUUUCUCUUAGUGUCGAUACUACGAAGAAAAGAACCUGUCAAAAUGAGUGGUCGCGGAAAGACAGGAGGCAAAGCCAGAGCUAAGGCUAAGACCCGCUCAUCCCGUGCCGGGCUUCAGUUCCCCGUGGGUCGUGUCCACAGGCUGCUGCGCAAAGGCAACUAUGCGGAGCGUGUGGGAGCCGGCGCCCCCGUUUACCUGGCAGCUGUGCUCGAGUACCUGACCGCUGAGAUCCUGGAGCUGGCUGGCAACGCAGCCCGCGACAACAAGAAGACUCGCAUCAUCCCACGUCACCUGCAGCUGGCUGUGCGCAACGACGAGGAGCUCAACAAGCUGCUGGGGGGAGUCACCAUCGCUCAGGGUGGUGUGCUGCCUAACAUCCAGGCCGUGCUGCUCCCCAAGAAGACCGAGAAGCCCGUCAAGGCCAAGUAAACGCAAAGCGCUGGGCUGCACCAACAACAAAGGCUCUUUUAAGAGCCAAACACUUCUCUCUCAGCAAACUUCCUCUUUGCUGUUACUGUGUCUAUCAGGACUUGUGUACUGUGGAAUGUAGAUUAUGCAUCUCUUUAUUUUAAAAUGUACAUUAAUUUGUCAUCUUUCACAGUAAGUGACUCAAAUUUACCUUUACUCACCAGUCAAUAGUUUCUACUGCGAACUUGUCAUCAGAGUUGAACUAAAAUACUACAAUAGAUCUAAAAAUGAAAACUAAAGUCAAACUUGCAGUCUCUCUCGCUGUGUGGUCAAGUCUUGUUCCUUGUCCAAUCUCUGUCCUCAUAACUUAAUUUGGUGUGACAAUUAGAUGGUUGUCAUUGGUGAUCUGCUAACUAUGACUGCAGUAGCACUAAUGAUUAGCUUCACCCAGGAUCUGCUUUUAUUACAAAUUACGCUCAUGGAAACAGACAACACGCAGUUCAUGAUGUGGCAAAACCACAAACGCAACAGGAAAUCAUAACACAGAACAUGAUGAGGAGGAGAGGGACAGGUGGACUUCUUUGGUACAGAGGGAGGAAAAUGCAGAGCUGCUAACAACAUGUUCAGCACUGCUGCUGAAGUUGGGACAUUUUAGUCACUUACUGACUUACGCUUAGGUUUUUGUGUCUAUUGUGAGUAGAAUAAACACUGAUUACAAUAGAAUGUGCUUAGGUUUGCUUAUGUAAUAGAGGGCGGCUGGAGAUCAGAAGAACAGGAAAUUAUUCCCAAGUGCUUGUUUUGUUAGUGGAUUUUUAUUCUCAAAGUCAUUCUAUUGCCCUUAAAACAGGGGUUGACAAAGCAUUUCUUAUGACCUUAAAGCUCUCAAGAAUGGCAUGAAGUUUCUUAACCCUGACCUCUGAUGUGCCAAAUCAGUUGGUUUAGCUAUCAACUUUGGUGUGUAACUGUAUGGAGGGAAGAAUGUAUUGACAGUGGGGGUCUGUCUGUUAUAAAAUGAGUGAAACCUGCCUCAGCCAGAUAAACAGGAAGCCACAGUUACUAGCCUGGGGAGAGGACAGCCCCCCCAGACUGAACAAUAGAAUUAGUGGAAAACUACUGAGGGGGGUGGACACAGGGCAGCCACUGACUCGUCUCCUCCACCUGGGAUAUCCAAAGGAUCGGUGAGGUCAAGAAGUAAACUCAGGACUAUAUUUUGAAAUAAUGGAAUUCCCCUCAUCGUUACCACUACUAUAACUCCAUGUAUGAAAUCAGUAAGGAAUUAAAUACAUACUAAAAUAAAUAUCUGUAUGGGUUCAUCUUGGAGUAAAAUGUGUAUCCUUGAAAUCACUCAACAUCAAUUGAACUGGCCUAGAUUUAUACGGAUAAGGUUGUAAAGUAGAGCAUUUCAAGUGGAUGAUACUGGCUAAGUAUCGUUAAAAUAUACUGUGUGCUUCCACUACAACAGCCAGUGUAGGCUUUCAAAAAAUAGAACU